AUGAGUUGUGGAAUCUACUAACUCAAACGCUAUGUGGAAGCGAACACGGACAAAGUGGACCCCGAAUUUCUCUCUCAUCUGCCCUCCAGGGUGAAGAAAUUAAGACAUGAGGAAGAACUGGCCGCGCUGUCUGAGACCGAACGUCAGAACGAACUGAAAGCCCGUGAGCGCCAGCUAGCUGAGAUUAGCGCUCUAAUGCAUCAGCGGCCGGACCAAUUUGGCGAGGUGUCUCUGGCCGACCUCAGCCAUCAGAUGACCUCCCUGUAUGCUGGGUUCUGA